AUGAAACUGCCCACCAAGUUGAUGUUUUUCCUCUGCCUCCACCAGGUUGUGGUGCUGUGGGUGGACACCAAUAAUCAUGGUCACACUGCAGAACAGAUCUGUGGAGGCAUCAUGGCCAUAGUCCAACUCAUCAAGGACAAGCAACCACAGGGAGUGCUGGCCAGGGGUAAGAUGCCCAACUCCCUGCGGGAGAGGAACGCCCAGGUCAAUAAGCUGGUUCAGGAGGCUGUGUCCUCUCUCCCCCACACCUCCCUCCUCAACGUGGUCCCCGGCUUUGUGCACUCGGACGGCAGCAUCUCCCACAAGGAGCUGUAUGACUACCUCCACCUCACCCCUCAGGGCUACCAGGCUGUGUGCCAGCUGCUACACGCCCAACUCAAGGGCCUGCUGAAAACUGAAGGCCAAAGACCAACUGAUGGCCAAUGA